UUUUGUUUCAUAUUAAUUAACAUUGGUCUAAAAGUACUUGGAGAUAAUAUGCAAAUUAAAGGAACUAUUAAAAUAGUAUUCUCUAUACUCAAGCACACAGCAGUACACUGAACCAGUCACUAAAUUCUGGGUAACAAAUGAAAAAAACAAGGAUUAAUUAUUAACAACAGGUGUGUGGCCCAACCUGAUCAGCUGACUUGGACAAGCUCAAAGAAAAAAAAACCUGUCUGUUUGCUCUUGUGUUUGGGACACCUUUGAAUUGCAAAGAGAAAUGCAGGAAGCAGCAUCUUAGGAGACCUGUUGAGUACACAUUAGGCCUACUUCAGGGGUAGCAAAAAUGCUGCAAAAAAUCUUUUACAUCCUGGCCCUUUUUGCUUUUCUCAGCCUGGCAUGUUUUGUUGUGUUUGUAUUCAACCACAAAAACAGCACUUUUACUUUUUUUACUAAGCCAUCCAAUGUAAAUGAUUUUUGGGACAAGAAGCCUGAAGCUAGAAAUGGCAGCCAAAAUAAGACAAUAACGCUGCCCAGUACAACCAAAAUUCUGGGACCCUGCCCUGACAUUCCUCCAAAUCUUGUUGGUCCUCUCCGUGUGGAGUUUAAUUAUAAACGCACUUUGGAUGAGGUGAGAGAGGUGAUCAGUGUUCCUCUUCAGGAGGGAGGACGGUACAAACCACCUGACUGUAUCGCCAAACAGAAGGUGGCGAUCAUCAUCGCAUUCCGAAAUCGGCAUGAGCACCUGAAGCAUUGGCUGUUUUAUCUCCAUCCUAUAUUGAUACGACAGCAGUUGGACUACACUGUGUACGUUAUCAACCAGGGUGGUGAAGGAGUGUUCAACCGGGCUAAACUGAUGAAUGUAGGCUAUGCUGAAGCACUGAAGGAAUAUGAUUAUGAGUGCUUUGUCUUCUCUGACGUAGAUCUAGUUCCUAUGGAUGACCGUAACCUCUAUAGAUGUUUUGACAAGCCCCGACACUUGGCUGUGGCUAUGGACAAAUUUAACUUCCAUUUACCCUAUACCGCCUACUUUGGCGGGGUUUCUUCAUUGUCCAAGGAGCAAUACUUGAAGAUUAACGGCUUCCCGAACACUUACUGGGGCUGGGGUGGUGAGGACGACGAUAUCUAUAAGCGAAUUUUCUACCGUGGAAUGUCCAUCUCUCGACCUGACAAUGUGAUAGGAAAGUACAAAAUGAUCAGACAUCAGAGAGACCGGCACAAUGAGCCUAACCCACAUAAUCCUGACAAACUGGCCCAUACCAAGAAGGCCAUGGGUAAAGAUGGAAUUAAUUCCCUCAGUUACACAGUCAAGGAGAUUGUGAAGGAUAAACUUUACACUUUUAUCACUGUGGAUAUUCAGGCUCCGCCAAGCUGAGUGUGGGUGGAACUUGUGGAUCUGGGACUGCUGUUGACUUUGGAUUCUUUGGUGUUUCAGUCUUAAGAAUCAAACUAAGGCAGCUUGAACCGAUUCAGCCUUGGGUGUGUCAGAUGCAUGUCUUGGUGUAGGGUAACAGAUGCAAACAUUUGCGCAUGUGUGGACAAAGACAUUUUGGCAAUUGUUGCAUCCAGUAGAUUUUUGUGUACUGCAAGGCUAAAUAUCACAUGUGUAGCGGAUGAUGUAAAGGCCAGACCGGAGUGUUUGGUUAGCCAAUGAGGUGUUGAAGGGGUCUUAUGGUUUCUAAUUUAUACAGUAGUUUCUCAUUUGCAUGAUUUUGCAAUAUCAACUUUAAAUUGUUGUUGUUGAAAUUACUGUUACUGUGAAUGUGGAACAUACUGGAAAGGUGUAGCCUACAGUAUCACUGCAAAAACUAAAAUCUAAGUAAGAUUAAUUAUCUUAAUAGAAGGCAAAAUAUACUUGCUUUUGUCUGACAAGAUAUUUUUUCUUACCAGGCGGCUUUUACGUAAGAGAAUUUCACUUGUUUCAAGUUUUUUUGUCCUUAAGUAGCAAGUCAAAUGUUCUUGUUGUGUUGGCAGAUAAUUUUGCUUAUUUUAAGUAAUAUUCCCCCCAUUUUAUUGCUUUUUCCCUUGUUUUUGAGAGCUCAGUUUUUGCAGUGCACUGUGAAUACACUUGUAGUUGAAAUUUGUUGUUUGUAUGAAAUGUUUUGAUGGCUCCUUCUCAUUUGGCUCUCAGGCACAUUUAACAUUAACAUCAAUUUGUGACACAGUUCCUUAGACUUUUGACUGUCCUGGCAGAAAGGAAUGGAAAAGGGAAAUUUCAUUUUGGUGGAAGUGAUGGCAAUAUCUUUUUCUUUUUGACAGAUUGGUUUACUGUGUCCUUUUGCAAUGAAGUAGUGUCCUGCACAGUGUAAACUGAUGUGACAGUUGUACCCAUGUUUUGUGAAUUGUAACAAUGUUUUUUUUUUUAAAAGUGUUUCGCAAUUGAGAAGAACUGUAAUGACAUUUAUGGCCACCAUGGUCCAGCAUUGCGCUUUGCCAAUUACAUAAAAACUAAAAUGAUCUGCUUUGAUCAGCAGAUGUAGUUGAUAUAGUUGGUGUAUGAAACAGUGUUUCACCAUCAUUUAAUCGCUAUUUCUGGAUUUCAGUUACAGUUUUAAUUUUUACCACACGGGGUGUAUUAUAUUCUGCAAAGUUCAUGAUCAUAUCAUGCAACUUGUAUUAGAAACCUGUCGCUCUAACAUAUAAUAUGUAUGCACUGUAUAUGUGUUUAUGUAUGUGUUCAGUUUAGUUUUGUUUGGAAUUCAUGUGUUUGCCAAAUUUAACCUGGUUUAAGAUUAAAUACAUCAAAGUCA